UUCCCCGCACCAUUACUUAGGCACACCGCCGCCAUGCUCGUCCGCCCUCUCCGUCGCCUCCUCACUCGUCCAACCGUCGUAUCGCACUUUCACACCUUUCUACCAUGUUUAUCCUCAAGGAGAAUCCUACAGAAUUUCAAGCUUGCUGACAUUGGCGAGGGCAUCACAGAGUGUGAAGUAAUCAAAUGGAAUGUGAAGGAACUUGGCACCAUCCAAAGCUUUGAUCCUUUAUGCGAGGUCCAGAGCGACAAAGCCAGCGUCGAAAUCACAAGCCCAUUCGACGGUAUAGUGAAAGAAAUUCUGGUGAAGGAAGGCGAAGUCGCAAAGGUCGGACAAGGACUCUGUAUAAUCGAAGUUGAUGAGGAAACGUUGGAUAGUGGCAGCGAAGAGCAGAUAGAGCCUUAUUCACCGGCUGCUCCAGUAGCUUCGCAAAUAACUCCAGACUUCAAGUCUGUCGAAGAUGCUGCCUCUCGAGCUGAACAGAUCCGUGAGGAGCCACUCGUACCCAGACGACUACAUCCGAUGGAUCCAAGCUACAUAUCUCCUUCUGUUUCCAAUGUCAACCCCGAGAACGUGCUCGCAAAACCCUCAGUCCGUCAUUACGCUCGCCAAUCUAAGGUCGACCUUGCACUUCUCCCCUCAGGCAGUGGACGUGACGGACGCAUCGAGAAGAAGGAUAUUGAUGCAUUCUUGUCUCAGCGAGUCUCUUCUGUUUCAGUAGACUCCGUUUCGGCUGCACCACGAGCACAAGCCGAAGACGUGAUUGUAGAACUCGGUCGGACGCGUUAUGGCAUGUGGAAAGCUAUGACCCAGAGUCUCGAGAUUCCACACUUCGGCUAUUCGACUUCCCUCGACCUCACAUCUCUCCAUUCCCUCCUCCCAACCCUAAAUGCACACAUACCCGAACACUUUAAUCCCUCCAAAUCAUCACCACUCCCAAUCAACCCAUCCGCUCUGCACCCCGCGCCAUCUCUUCCCCCAGUACCAGAAAGCGCCCAAUUCACCCGUCUCACGUACCUCCCCAUACUCCUGAAGACGCUUGCAAAGGCUAUGAUGGCAUGGCCGGUGCUCCGUUCCUCCAUCACACCAGGGAGCGUGAAUGGAGAAGGCAAACCCACCCUUACCAUCCGUCCACACGCAGACAUCGCUAUUGCUCUUAGCACCACAACAGGUUUAUACACACCUGUCAUACCCCGUGCAGAUACGCACAACAUCUACAGCCUAUCUUCACAACUCAAACACCUUUCUUUCCUCGGUCGUCAAGUACCAUGCGCACUCACGAUGAACGAGAUGCCGAAACGUGGUGCGACGGUCACGGUAUCUAAUGUAGGUGCAAUUGGUGACGGGGAGUACGCGCACCCUGUCUUAGUGCCUGGGGGUGGUGUCGCGAUCGUGGCCAUAGGGAGAGCGAGAUGGGUGUGGGAUGUCAGCAAGAGUGAACAGGGGGAGAGGAGGCUCAAGGUUGGCGUGAGCUGGAGUGCAGAUCAUCGCGUACUAGAGGGUGCAGAGUUGGCUGCAUUCGUGGAGUCCUGGAGAGCAUAUGUGGAAUCACCUGAGCGACUUAUUGGAGAAGGAAUAUGAGGUGGUUGUUGGAGGCUGUAUAACAUCCGGGCGUUUACGCUAUCGCUUUGCAAUCAUGGUUUGGAGCAAGCAUAUUGACAUCACAAUUUUACACAAUGACACUUUCCGUAUCUAUCGCUGCGUGAUUGGAUUGGUCUGCCUUGUACCUUUGUUAACGUUCUGAUCAUUGAAAUUGAUCGUGGCACUUUGCAAUAUUGGUGAUCUACGCCGGUUAAUUAUAACCACACUAGUACAGGCUAGGUAGUACAUCAUGAUCAUCAUGGUUGCCUUCAUAGAAAUGUUCCAAAGCCGCGAAGUUCUUUG